AUGGGUCGUUCAUCUGAUGUGGAUGAUGAGGAAGCGACAAACUCAGAAUUCAAUAGAGGUCGGUCUGGUAGUGGAGACUACACGGCAGGAAAGUUUCCGCCAAUGGAUAAGUACAAAUUGGUGUACAUAAUAUUUUUUAUUUCCGGUGUGGGAACGCUUCUUCCGUGGAACUUUUUUAUCACGGCCAUUCCUGUAAGAUCGGAAACGUUUUAUAAUUACUUUCAGUAUUUUCAAUAUAAACUCAGAAACCAGUCCCUUGAUACGGAAUCAUAUCUCGAUCCAAAAAACAUGACAAGGGAACAGCGAUUAUUUGGCAGCUACCUGGCUGUGUGCUCUAUGGUUCCUCUGGCUACCUUCAAUAUCAUCGGUUUGGUCAUUAUGAAAUGUUUAUUCCUGAAUCAACAACCCCGCACUCGGCUGCCAGUGGUCUUCCAUCAUGACGCUUUCCCAAUUCUUGUGGUCAUUCUUCUAGGAUUGUCCAAUGGAUAUCUGAUGACUUUGGCCAUGAUGUAUGGUCCGAGCUUUGCUCGUCCUGGAGGCGGUGAAGGUGCCGGAGUUGCACUAUCCAUCUACAUUGCUUUGGGCUUGGCAGUCGGCGUUGCCGUCUCGGCUGGUCUGGCCCAGGCCAUUUAA